AGUGAGCAUGUCAGGGGCCGAGCACAGCGACAGCAACGGCCAUGGAGCCCCCAGCCUCAACACUGACCCCAGCCUCAACACUGACCCCAGCCUCAUCACUGACCCCAGCCUCAUCACUGACCCCAGCCUCAACACUGACCCCAGCCUCAACACUGACCCCAGCCUCAUCACUGACCCCAGCCUCAACACUGACCCCAGCCUCAUCACUGACCCCAGCCUCAUCACUGACCCCAGCCUCAUCACUGACCCCAGCCUCAACACUGACCCCAGCCUCAUCACUGACCCCAGCCUCAACACUGACCCCAGCCUCAUCACUGACCCCAGCCUCAUCACUGACCCCAGCCUCAUCACUGACCCCAGCCUCAACACUGACCCCAGCCUCAACACUGACCCCAGCCUCAUCACUGACCCCAGCCUCAUCACUGACCCCAGCCUCAUCACUGACCCCAGCCUCAACACUGACCCCAGCCUCAUCACUGACCCCCAGCCUCAACACUGACCCCAGCCUCAUCACUGACCCCAGCCUCAUCACUGACCCCAGCCUCAACACUGACCCCAGCCUCAACACUGACCCCAGCCUCAACACUGACCCCAGCCUCAACACUGACCCCAUCCUCAACACUGACCCCAGCCUCAACACUGACCCCAGCCCUAACACUGACCCCAGCCCUAACACUGACCCCAGCCCUAACACUGACCCCAGCCCUAACACUGACCCCAGCACAGCACUGCUUCCACCUGCUGACGAGAGGGAGAACGGGUUGUUUGAGGAAGUGAUAGUUCUCCCUGCUGACUCCAGACCUCCUCCUGGUGAAGGAGAGAAGGGGGAGGAGGAGCAGCGUGUACCUGUCAUUGCGUUCCAGGAGAACGGGAUCGUAAAACCGCUGAGUGAAUGAGUAGACGACCCUCCAACACAACACACAGCAGAUGUUGUCUGGAAAACAGAAGGAGAUGGAGGGGAGAGAGAUGGAGGUGUAGAAGGAGAAGAGAAGGAGCCAUGGACAGGCCUCCUGGUGUCCUGGUUUCUCCCUGUGUUACCACGGUAACAGUGUUACUCUUCCUGUAUUCUUCCAGAACCUCCUUCCAACGCUGCCCCCCUCCUCCUCCUCCAAAGAUGUCUCACAGCAUCUUCUGGCCUGGAAAGAAUCUGUUUCCCAACUCAAUGCUGUUCUCCACCUCCUAUUGAGUAUCACCUAAAUGCAUGUGUUCUGACUGUGC